AUGGAGCCAAAUUCCCAAUGUGCUCAACUCUUGAAGGCUCGUUAUUUCCUGAAAUGUAGUUUUUUGGAGGCAAAGAAAGGCGGCCGUGCUUCCUGGCUUUGGGCAAGCUUGCCUGAGGGAAGAAAGAUCAUUCUCCAGGGAGCUCAGUGGCAAAUUCUAAAUGGCAGACAGGCAAAGCUUUGGACAGACUAUUGGAUUCCCUCCCUUCACGAUGGUAAACUCCACCCCCACUUACAAGCCUCAAUUGAUCCUAACACUAGGGUGGUAACUUUAAUUGAUUGGGAUUCCAAAACUUGGAAUUUAACCCCAAUUCAAGCUUCAAUUACUGAUGAGGAGAAGCUUGCUAUCCAGCUUAUCCCUAUAGGGAAUGGAAGGGAGGACGACAGGUUGAGACCACCGCCAGGAAAGCCUCCACCUCAUCAUGGAUUGACCCCUUGGUAUGGAAAAAUAUUUGGAAAGCUAAGGUCCCGCUAA